GUGCUGCGAGCUAUGCGAACGUAGCGGGCGGCGUUACACACCAACAGCGGGCGGCUGCCACGCCCUCCGGCAGUUCUGGUGCUGCGAUUACUAAGGCCCCUAUGACGCUUGUCCGGCAGCCGUCUACGCAGCACCUAGAGCACGGCCUUGGUAUGGAGAGCCACACGGCGCUUUUGACACCCACACGACACGGGCCGUUGCGGUCCUGAAGUCACACGGCGGCCGUGGAACAGUCGGGCACGCCUUGAGCAGUUCUCACGGCGACGGGUCUGACAGUGGGACCUUGUUAAACAUGUGUCAGGCACGCCACGGCUCGGCAGUCUUCGAGGCAAACAACUGCAGGACGACUAACCCUCUGACUGAACACGCUGAGCUACCAUGCUGGCAGCCAUCAUUCUAUCCAUGUAGGAGUGACGGCGAGACCCAAACUUCCAUAUUUCAUCAAUCAUGACCUGCACUCGUACAUCCUCUGUGUAUAUUCCCACACAGGUCAGAUGUUGUACUGGAAAGUCCCUUACCUGGUAUCUGUCUCCUACAACCGACAGUAUCAGGCAGACGAUGUGGCAACACUGUAACGGCAAGCGACAGGUGCGCCAUGAUCAAGCUGGUGCUGGUGGUGAACGCGGCCGGGAAGGUGCGGCUGAGCAAGUUCUACGACCCGCGGCCGGCCGAGCCGCAGUCGCAGCAGCGGCUCACCCGCGGCCUGCACUCGCGCCUCGCCGCGCGCCAGAAGCACAACUGCAGCUUCUUCGACGUCAGCGACCUGCUGGGCCCCGACUCCACGGCCGUCUACCGCCGCUACGCAGACCUGUUCGUCGUCUUCGUGGCCGACGGCGCCGAGUCGCCGCUCGCCACGGUGGACCUCAUCCAGGAGUUCGUGGACGCCGUCGACCGCUGCUUCGGCCUGGCGUGUGAGCUGGACUUCGUGUUCCACGCGGACCAGGUGCACCACAUCCUCAACGAGGUGCUGCAGGGCGGCCUGGUGCUGACCGUGAACUCGGCAGAGAUCGCCGGGCACGCGCUGGAGCAGCAGGCCGCCGAUGACCGCCAGGCCAGGCCACUGAGGGCGGCGGCCGCCCAGGUGCUCAGCUCCAUACAGGAGUUCCACGUCUUCCACAGUACGUGACACCCAGAAACCGAGCGCUCCAUCCAGUGGUUUGUCUGAUCCCAAAACCCUGCAGCAGGCCAUCAAGGACUGCAUGAUCUGGCCUCUGAGGGUGGCCACUGUCCAGGGGCUCAGUUCCGUACAGGAAUUCCAUGUCUUCCACGGUGUGUGACCCCCCAGAAACUGACACCUUCAUCCAGCGGUUGGUCUUCCAGUGUCUGAUCCCAAAACUCUACAUAAGGCUAACAAGGAUUGCCAGGUUAGGUUGCUGAUGGCAGCCACUGUAGAGGAGUUCAGUCUUCCCCAGUGUGUGACCUCAGAAUCCACCAGCUGAGUCUUGGGGUUCAAAGUCUUUCACCGUUUCUGGACCCAAAACCCAACAACAGCCUAUCAAUAAGCGCCAGACCGUUCCCAAAGACUGGCAGCUGCCAGGUGCUAAACUCCAAGCAAGAGUUCCACAUUUGCGACAGCAUCUGACCUCAAAAGUGAACAGCUCCAGCCAGCUGUCCAAUGUCCUUCAGUGCCUGAUCUCAAAACUCAACAGCAGGCUGACUACGACCACCACCACCACCACCACCACCACCACCACCACCACCACCGCUACCACUGCCACCUAAUUUUGUUACAAAGUGGGUCCAACAGAAAUUUCAUAAGUAGAAACUGGGGAAGCCAUUGUUUCCUGCUGCCUCUCACACAAAAUGUAUCAUCUCAGUUUUUAGAAACUGAAUCAUUACUUAAUGAGUAAAGCUGAAUAAAACAGACUUCUUCAUGCAUCAUGAAAUGCCGCCUGCAGCGGAAAACAUUCCAGUAAACUGAAAUUGUGCACGCUAUGCCCUACUGUCAUGAGAUAAAAAAACGCAUUUCUAACAGCAUUAUACAUCGUAAAUACUAUAUGAACACGACCAACAUGUUUAAUGUUCUUCCAAAAUGUUAGACUGAACGAAAAAUACUCCAAGAGACGACUGCACAGUCUCAUUACUUUUUCUGGUGUUCUACUCUCUCGUAACGAAAAUAUACGUAAUUUCAUUUCCGUUGAAAUUCGAGGACAGCGCCAAGAAAAAGAAAAUACAAAUCAAUCAGCGCAUCUAGUACUAAAACGGACAUGCCCAAGAUACAAGUUAGCAUUUCUACUGUGUAGUGCGUAACACAGUGCAGUAAGUACAUAAAUACAGGAUGCAUACCAACGAGGAAAUUUGUGCCUUAUACGGCACUGAAAUUGUUUUGAGUGUGUGCAUGCAUUUCUUCAAGUGUCAUAUGAAUAUGCAACAGUGUUUUUAAAGAUUACCUAAUUUUGCUCUUUCAGGUAUCUUCAGUAAACUCUAGUGUUGCCGUAUGAAGCAAUAUCCACAUUUAGUAAACCAACGUAAUCACUCCUACCUGAAAGUGAGCCAGAAGUAGCCUUCUUGUGUUCCUAACUAGAAAUUUUUGUUAAACAAAUGUUGGCAAUUUAUUUUCUUGGACAUUUUUAUAUUUGAUUUUUUUUCACAGUACAUGUUGUGAAACUGCAAAACUUGAUAUCAUACAGUGCCAUGAAAUACCUUUGUGGUACAGUGUAAUAAAUAUUUUAUCAGUAUCAGAUAAAUGUAA